UCCAGCUUUUAUCGUAUGGCCCUCAUCAUGCUCAAUAAAGAACUACAAGUCCCAGAUUCGACAAUGCGGAAGCACCGCAACAAAGUAGUAGCAACACACGACGGUAGAAGGAGGAUGUCUUAUGCUGGAAAGAAGAGAAAACUAGAUAAAACCCGACAGGACAGGUUUUAUUUUGACAGCUAUUCCGAUGUGACGAUACAUGAAGAGAUGAUAGCAGACCACGUCCGGACCAGCACCUACCGGACGGCUAUUUUAAAGAACAGCGAGUUGAUUAGAGGUAAAGUGGUGCUGGAUGUCGGAGCAGGAACCGGCGUUUUAAGCAUCUUCUGCGCUCAAGCUGGCGCUAAGAAGGUGUACGCCGUGGAGGCCUGCUCCAUAGCCGAGCAGGCGGUGGAAAUAGUGAAGCAGAACAACGUAGAGGACGUAGUGGAAGUCAUAAGAGGUACGGUGGAGACGGUGGAGCUGCCGGAGAAGGUGGAGGUGAUAGUGAGCGAGUGGAUGGGCUACGCUCUUCUGCACGAGUCCAUGCUCAACUCGGUGCUCUACGCUCGCGACAGGUGGCUGAAGGCCGGCGGACUCAUCCUGCCGAGCCGAGCCGAGAUCUACAUUACCCCCAUAAGCGACCCAGUAGUGGAGGACCGCCUGUACUUCUGGUACACCGUCAAAGAGCAGUACGGCGUCGACAUGUCCUGCAUGUCCAACUUCGCUCGGAGGUGCAUUAAGAAUUCGGACAUAACCGUGAGCCCCGUGGCUAUGGAGGACGUGCUCUCCCACCCGGCCCGCUUCGCCGAGCUCGACCUGCAUUCGGUGACGGCGGAGGAGCUGCGGACGGUGAAGGGCCGCUUCACGUGCGAGUCGUUCGGCUCGGCUGCGGUGAACGCUUUCUGUGUCUACUUCACGGUGACUUUUCCCUGCCCGGAAAAACCGCACUCGCUCGUUCUGUCCACGUCUCCGUUCAAGCCGGAGACCCACUGGAAGCAGGCAGUGCUGUACCUGGACUCCCCCGUGGAGGUGGUGCAGGACACGCCGGUUAGCGGAGAGGUUAGCAUGUUUCCCUCCGAGGACAGCUCCAGACACAUAUGUAUCCAUGUGGACUACACUAUAGGCGAGCAAAAAAGACAGUCUAAGACUUUUUCCAUACCUGACUGGACCGCCGAACCUCAGCCAUAGUGGGAUUUUAGUAUGAACUCAAACAGUUUCACCCAUCUUUAUACUUUCUUGCCCAAACUACUUUUGAUUUUUCAUAUUUAUAGUUCUACUCACUGGAUUGAUAAAGUGGUGAAAAUAAUGGCUGCAAUAAACCUGAAACAAACCAUUAA